AUGUUGGUUCAAUACGGAAAGGUUGUGGGUGAAGAUGUUGCAGAAUAUCAUCAGUAUGACUGCCACUUGGAGCGUAUACUAGAUGCUUGCCUAUGUCAUUCGUCCUGUACUGAUUCUUCUACUGGGAUCUCUAUUCAUCAGGAAGCAUGUGGAUCAGAGAUCUCAUCUGCAUCUACUGCUACAACUGCAACUAAUUCAACCUGCAUUCCACUAACCCAGCCUAUCAGUUCAAUUUCCGUUUCAUUUAGAGUUAGUUCAGUUCCUUUCCCAGUGCACUCGAAGGAUCCGUCUUCAACGGAGUUUUUCAAAUCCUUAAGUUUCAGUUCUGAUUCUAAUUUAAAUCGUGCAAAACCGGUUAUGGAAACGAAGGUUGGUAGCGCUGGAAGUACAUCACCUCGCCCGUCUCCAAUUCUACCGCAUUUAGUGUUGGGUAGCCAAGAGGAUGCUAAUUCACUGACCAUUUGCAAACAGUAUGGAAUUACGCACAUUGUUAAUGUGUCUCUUGAAGGAGGAAUUCCACCACAUAUUCCAAAGCAAAAUUUCCACCACAUUCCUGUGAAUGACAAUUAUACUGACCUCAUGACACCUUAUUUCAAAGAUGCUUUUGCAUUUAUAGAUUCAGCUAAAACAGUUCAUGGACGAGUUUUAAUUCAUUGUUCAGCUGGAUAUCUCGAUCACCUACUCUAG